CCACCAGCGUCAGGGAAUUUCCCAGCAACUGGAGCCUCUCUUCCUUCUUUUUCUUCUUCCUGGACUUUGGCUGCUGCUGCUGCUGCACACAAUGCCUCUCUCCAGCAUCUCCAAGGAAGCGGCCAUUGGGACAGCAGUGCUGGGGGUGGCAGUGGCCGCAGGCUUCCUCGCAGGCAGAAGAUCCUGCUCAAGGUUUGCCCAUGGCACCCUCAAAGGUUCAGGUAGCCUGUUACAGCAGUAUGUACUGGAUCACUCCUUGCGGGAGCACCCUGCUCUAACCAAACUGAAAAUGGUUACAUCUCAGCGUCAUGAUGGAAGGAUGAUGGUGAGCUGUGAUCAGGCCCAGCUUAUGGCCAACCUGGCAAGGCUGAUUAGAGCAAAGAAGGUAAUUGAAAUUGGUGUUUUUACAGGGUACAAUACUUUAAACAUGGCUUUGAUCAUACCAGAUGAUGGCAAAGUUGUUGCCUGUGACAUUAAUGAAGACACUGCCAAACUUGGAAGACCAUUUUGGAAAGAGGCAGGAGUGGAGCAUAAAAUUGACCUUAGGAUAAAACCAGCUAUCCAGACACUUGAUGACCUUUUGGCAAAUGGUGAAGCUGGAACAUUUGAUUUUGCUUUCAUUGAUGCUGACAAAGGAGGUUACAAUGACUACUAUGAAAAAUGUCUACAGCUUAUUAGAAAAGGAGGAAUAAUCGCUAUUGACAAUGUUUUGUUUUCAGGGAAAGUACUUAACUCAGGAAAAUAUGGUGGUGACAUCCAGAGCAUGCAUGAGCUGAAUGAAAAGAUCUUCCAUGAUCCACGAGUGACCAUCAGCAUGCUCUCAAUAGGGGAUGGGGUAACAUUAGCAUUUAAGCUCUAGUGGAGAAAGAGAUGAAGAAGAUUGCAGACUGACCCCUGAAGUAUGCCAACACCUACCCCAACUUAGUGAGGAUAAUGUCUGAGAAAUACAGGAUGCUGUAUAUUUUGAUUUUGCCUCCACAAAAAUUAUCUAAGCUAGAAAUCAUGCUAUAAAUAUAAGAGGGGGAAAUGGUCACUUCAGUUAAUUUUGUAAGUAUUAACAGUCAUGGCUAACUAACUGUCUAGUAUGUUCUCAAUAUAAAAUUCAGCUCAGAUUUUCAUAAAUUGUGAA